CACGCGUACAACCGUAGACAAGGCGGUAUACUACCCUGACCGGGCGCCAUCACUUUUUCAACAAUUGUGAACGUGGAAAGCAGCUAUUUCCACGGACAUGUUGUCUGAUCUCAAGCAGAGAGCGUCGAAGGCGAAGGAUGCCAGCGUUUCCAAGAUCACUCACACGCGGGACCAUAUGAAGAGCCAACCCAGCAAGAAAUUGGACUGGGAUAAGGCACCGCCCCCUCCGCCCCCACCUGUGGUCCGUCCAAAGAACCAGUUUGCUCCUCCACCCUCGAGAACAUCUUCGGCAGUGUCUCAAAGCAGCAGUCAGUCAGUGAGCAGUCCGCCUGUGCCACCCCCUGCAAUCCCAGGCCGACCGCCCCCUGUGCGGCGACAAACGCGCCCAGAUAGUGUCUCUCCACCCAUUCCCUCGGGCCCUCCACCCAUUCCGCCAACUCGAUCAGUGUCGAGGAUUGUAUCUGCCAGAGUACACGAGGAGCCCGAAGAGAUUGAGGAAGAUACGAUUGACUGGGCGAACCUGUCUCAGGAGGACAAGGACGUGUUCUUCAGCUGGCUGGAUGAAUUCUUUGCCAGAUUUCUCAACUCUCCGACACAGCCGAGGAGCGCGCACGGAUCCACCAAGACCAUCCAGAAGCCCGUGCAGUCGCCCCAGCCCGCUCCUAUAGCGCCGAAGCCGCAGUUUGCCAACAAAGGCCCUCCGCCAAUCCCGAAGUGGACUCGUCCCUCACAACCUUUCCCUGCACAGGAAGCGGCUAAUGAUGAAGAACAACUUGAUAUGUCCUACCCACCUGCAACUCAGCAUGGCUCAUCCGCUCUUGAUCUCGCGUACUACUUCUCGCCUUCGACGUACUGGGACUCAGAUUGGUACGCUACAGACAACCCGUGGUUUGCCCCGCCCCUCAAGGAUCGCAAAGAUACUCGCCGCGCUGGGUAUAUGGAGCACUCGGGUGAUGCGAGCGGUAUCUCCAGGAUUGUGUUUGGUGGCGUGCUCUUCGCAGAUCUGAGUGCUUGUUGGUACUCCGUCACCUUCCCGCAUAACACACCGACGGACCCUAACGACUCGCGCACUGUAAAGCGAGUCGCCCACUAUCUCCCGCGGCCAGCCGCGAUGGAUCGUGAAGCGCUGCUGGAGGCUCACGAGACGUACGGCGAGACCAUUGCGGCGUUCGCAGAGGGCUUCGUUGACUCAGGUGAAUACUGCGCGCGGGGCGAGUGCUGGGACCUGGCGAACCAGGCGCUAGAAUACUGCUCGCAGUUCGAUUACGUGCCGAAGCCCGUGCAAAGUACGUAUCGCACGCACGGACACCUCAUCUUUGAAGGGAAGGCGCUGGGAAAGGGCAGACAAUAUGGGCGCUGGAGAGGCGGAGAUGACCGUGUGCGCCGAGGAGAUAUUGUGGAAUGGCGCAGCGUGGCCGUUUCGAUGAAGAUGGAUUGGGGCGUAGGCACGGGGAAACUUGGGAACCCGGACCACACUGCGGUGAUUGUGAACGACAUGGUGCCGUCAGUGCAGGUAGCGGACGGGCAGAGCGUCACGCCGGGGGAGCUGGGGAUAUUGGAUGUCGUGGAGCAGAGCGUGAGCACGAACAUCAAGCCUAAGCGUUCGACGUACCUGCUCAGCGGGCUCGAGGCAGGCGAGAUGUGGAUCUACAGACCAGUGAGCAUGAUGGCAUACGUGGGGUGCAUGGUGGAAGCGAAAGUCCCUGAGGGAGUGAACGCACAAACUAUAUAGUUUGGUUUAUUCGUCUGUGAGUUGUUUGUAUCAGUACACGGAUGUUGGUCGUGUCAAGUGCGACAUGCUUCC